AUGCUGCCCAACGAUGCGGUCUGGCUCAUAACCGGCUGCUCAACUGGUCUAGGAGCCGCUCUUGCGCACGCUUUAGUCGACUCUGACCUCUUCGCAAAAUCUUCUCACCGUCUCGUGGCCACAGCACGCUCACUCUCCGGUCUUCAGCACCUGCCUCAAGACCACCCUAGAGUCCUCCUGGUAUCGCUAGACGUUACAUCCCCUCCCAGCAUCACCACCGCCGUCGAGAACACAGUCCGCCAUUUCGGUCAUAUCGACGUCCUGAUCAACAAUGCCGGCAUCAAUACCUUCGCUCCUGCAGAGACGAUCCCACUAGCCCGGGCUGAGGAGAUCAUGGACACGAACUUCUGGGGCCCGGUGAAGCUGACGCGGCUCGUGCUGCCACUGAUGAGGGCGUCCUCUUCGGCAACCACCAACGAGGGCUGUCGACCACUGAUCGCGACAGUGAGCAGCAUGGGCGGCAGGCUCGGCGCAGCAGCACAUGCGACCUAUUGUGCAAGCAAGUGGGCUAUUGAGGGGUGGAUGGAGAGCCUAAGAGCGGAACUGGAGGAUGACUGGCGGAUCAGACUGUGUUUGCUAGAGGUGGGUGGGGUGAGGACUGAGUAUGCUGUGAAGUCGAACACUGGAGGAUUCGAUACUUUGGGAGGCGUAUAUGGGCCUGAUAGUAAGGUGGCGAAAGUGGUCGAGUAUGUGAAUGACCCGCAGCAUCAGCAUGGCUGGUUGAGUGCGGAAGACGUAGCUGGCACGGCUGUGAAACUGUUCGGUGGGAAAGACGAAUUGCCGUUUAGGAUGGUACUGGGAAAGGACGCUUAUGCUGCAAUCGCGGCCGCAGAUGAGGAGAAGAGGAAGGAGCUUCAGGACUGGAUGGAGUAA